CCCCAGUCACACAAAGCCCUAGCACAUUAGACUUGCAGCUCCAGCCAAAACUUCCACCUACCGCGUACUAUUUGGAAAAGUUGUUUGUACGCGAAACAUAGAAUCGUCUUGGGCGCCCUGUACCCAUGGAACCUAGCGGCUGCACUUCCGGGUUUGAUGCUGUCACGUGUUUGUUGUUGAUGGCUGCAGGCUGCUGAGAAUGAAUUGUAGGGGGAAUGUGCUGCUGCUGCUGGUCUGGGUUGGCCUGGCAGCGGCAGGAAAGAUGAAGAUUGUUGAAGAACCCAACUCAUUUGGGUUGAACAACCCAUUUUUAUCUCAGACCAACAAAUUACAGCCACGAGUUCAGCCAUCACCAGUUUCAGGGCCACCUCACCUUUUCAGACUGGCUGGGAAGUGUUUCAAUUUAGUGGAAUCGACAUACAAAUACGAACUGUGUCCUUUUCACAAUGUUACCCAACAUGAACAGACCUUCAGGUGGAACGCCUACAGCGGAAUUCUGGGAAUAUGGCAAGAGUGGGGCAUUGAAAACAACACCUUCAGUGGCAUGUGGAUGAGAGAAGGGGAUUCAUGUGGAAACAAAAACAGGCAAACAAAGGUCCUUCUUGUCUGUGGCAAGGUCCAUAAAUUGUCUCGUGUUUCUGAGCCGAGUACAUGUGUCUACUCUCUGACAUUUGAAACUCCCCUGGUUUGCCACCCGCACUCCCUGCUAGUGUAUCCAACGUUAUCAGAAGAUCUGCGAGAAAAAUGGAAUGAAGCAGAACAGGCAUUGUAUGAUGAACUUAUUACUGAGCAGGGCUAUGGGAAAAUACUGAGAGAAAUAUUUCAGGAAGCCGGGUACCUGAAAACCUCUAAACCUGAUGGAGAAGGGAAGGAAACCCAGGAGAAACCCAAGGAAUUCAAUUCACUAGACAAAUGCAAUAAGGCCUACAUAGAAUUGUCUUCAGAAAUACAGCGUCUAAAGAAGAUUUUGAAUGAACACGGCAUCUCCUAUGCGACAAAUGGUACAAGCAGGAGCGAGGGGCAGCCAGCUGCAGUGAGCACACCCUCUGCGAGAGGAGAAGAUAAAGACCACCUCCGCGGGGAUACUGGAAUUAGGGAUGGACAAUAACAGCCAUCAUUACAUUCUUGCACUAUUUCCUGAAGCUUAUUCUACCUGUUGAGACCUCUCAAUGCCAUUAUUGAGGUCUGUGAGUUGGUUCAACCAUGAUACUGCUAGCAAAGAAACCUUUGGACUGCCAGAGAACAUAGGGUAUAAGGUUGUAUUUUGUUUGGCUGCACCUUUUCUGACUGUGCCAAUCAGCAGCCAAGCUUUAAUUUAUGAAAAGUAUAAAUGUAUGAAAGUGCUGAAUAUGUUUUCUGCCAUUGCUUUCCGUCAAUGAGCCAGUGGGUUGUGGAUGGGGGAGCCCAGUUUUGGGUACUUUCUGAAUUUCCCAUAUGAGGCAGAAGCACUGACGGCCCAUUCAAUAGACCAAGGUUUCUCAUCAACCGUGCCUGCCUCUGGUUCCCCUGCCAAACUUCAAUCAAACAGAAAAAAGGUUUUCUGGAGUAUUUUGAACUUGUGAAUUUAACAGCAUUGUUUGACUGUAACACAGAAAACAGAGACUUUCUCAAUACCUUCAUCUGCUCAAAUCAUGGGACACUGCCAUGGUUGGAAACUAGGGGAGGUUCUGGUGCAGAUGUGAUGGUGGCUCGGUGAAUGGAUCAUUACUGUUCAUAUUUUCAAAUUGGGAGCGUAAUUCCUUAACAGUGUUGUAUUAGUAAGAAUGGGAGUAACCCUGGGCCCCAAGCCAUCGAUACUUAAACAUGAUCAAUAGGGUUUGAGGUAGGUGAUUGAUUAAAAUGACUACUCCUGUAAAUCCAAUCAGCAGGGCUGUACAAAUGACACUUGUCAAAUACAAAUGUAUUCAGUUUGCAGUUAGUUCAGGCGAGUGAAUUGGGUUCCCUGCACCUAAUUUUUCAGAUGAUCUGGGAGUUAUAAAUUGGAUUUCAUACAUGGACUUUUGAUUUAGUUUUCAUGCCUGAUGAAGGGCAGGGUUAGCAUAGGAUGAAUGCAAACACCUUGGAUGCUAUCAUCAAAAUAAAAAGUGUUUGUUGCCUGAAA